UCUUGUUACAUUGUAGCGCGGCGUAACUGUGCGUCAUAAAGAGGAAGAGCGUUUGAUCCAGGCGAAUAGAACGUUUUUAAACUUUUCAUCGGAUACCUCGUAAUUCUUAGGUUACUCGAGAACGUUUGGAGCGCGGAGAGCGGAGGAGAGCUCCUGGUUUACGCAGCGCACGGGGGGUUCGGUGUCGGACGGUGAUUCCAGACUCGGUCCUGACCAUCGAGAUCCCCGUGGAUGACCUCCAGAACCAUGUAUCCGCACGGAAGACCCCAGGCUCCGCUGGUGUCAGGCCAUGGCGGCAUGAAGUUCACAGUGCUGGAAACACUCGACCAUAUAAAAGAGGAAUUUCAGCUGUUCCAGGCCCAGUAUCACAGUCUGAAGCUGGAAUGUGAGAAGUUGGCGAGUGAAAAAACAGAGAUGCACAGACAUUAUAUCAUGUAUUAUGAAAUGUCCUACGGGCUCAACAUUGAAAUGCAGAAGCAGGCGGAGAUUGUAAAGCGGCUCAGUGCUAUAUGCACUCAGAUCAUUCCACUGCUGUCCCAAGAGCAUCAGCAUCAAGUAGCUCAAGCAGUGGAAAGAUCCAAACACGUUAGCAUGGCCGAGCUCAACGCUAUCAUUGGGCAACAGCAGUUCCAGCAUCUAUCCCAUCAUGCCCCGGGCUUCCCUCUGACGCCGCACCCCUCAGGACUGACCCUGGGAGCGGGUGCAAGCCUCAUGGCUCUUCCUGGGGCCUUCCCGUUCCCCCCGCAUCUGGCGCCUAAAGAUGACAUCACUCACCCUGAGCACCUGGACUCCAGAGAUGGAGCCCCAAACAGGAGCGGCAGCGGCUCUCCGGUGGGCCAUCGGUCUGCAGGUCUGCGUCUGGGUCUUCCUCCUCCCCCUUCCUCCUCCUCAUCCUCUCACGCUGAUAUGGAAAGUAAACGGGGCGGCGCAGACCAGACCAGCGCGGGACGAACACGGCGGGAGAGUGGCACUAAAAAUGAAGACGUUCUCAGAAGAGACAGCACUAAAGAGAAAAGCGCGUCACCCGCAGGAGUUUCUCCCAGGUCGACUGAAGGGAAUGGGCUGAACAGCUCUCCGGUCCUCCGGAAGAAUCCAUCCAGAGAAGGCUCUUCCUCCCCUCGAUCUCAGCCACGCUCACCCGUACUCUGCAAAAGUCCCACUCAGGAGAAAGUGCGAUCUCCUUCUCCUUCAGCGUCCCAUGAAUCACUCUCUCCUGGCUCUCCUGCACCUCCCCGCCCUCUGUCCUCCUCUGCCCGCGGCCCGUCUCCCUCUCUCAAACACUAGGACCCACUCCUACCCAUGGAGUGAGACUAGUGAAAGUCAGCCGCUACCCCUCCCCAGCCCGCCCUUCCCAGAAUGCACGGGGCCAGUCCCAGAAUGCACCGGGUCGGCCCUAGAACGCUCGGGCCUGGGCAUCAGGUGCCUUGUCAGAAGCCCUUCAUCUGUCCUCGUGGCCCUCCGAGCCGAACUCUGAGCGAACCGCAUCUGUGUUUUCACACGCCGGGCGUAAUCAGCCAAUCAGCUGUCUGACAGCUCUGUCAGCCAAUUAGAAAGCAAGCUGAAUAUUCUGUGUGACAGGCAUAUGGAGUCAAGAUACGAAUUUCUCUGUAUCAUCUCCCACACAGAAAUGGACUGAGAUGCUUUUACUGCCAAUUUUGUCAAACGAGUUCAAAAACAAAGACAAGGAAACUUCUAGACAAAUGGACAUUAAGGUGUUCCUGUUAUACCACCAUUUCACUUUUUCCCCUAAGAGCUUUUAACUGUCAGUAAACGGUUUGAAAAACACCCUAAAGUUAUUGCAUUGUUUCCCCUGACUUUAAUAAAACUGUCAUUUUGAGUGAAUCACAUUAGUUUCACAGUAUUCAAAGAGAAAUAAUGCUGUUUUUGCUUGUAAUAAACCAGCUUCUGUUGUUCAUACAUGAAACUCACUUUAUGACACUGAAUUAAGCAAUAAGGUUUGUGAGGCUGUGCUGUAUUGUGAAUAUAAUCAUGGUUAAAGGAUGUUGUUAGUGUGUUUAUAUUCACAAAACAGCACAACAUCGAGUGCCUUAUUGCUUUUACUAUGGUUAACACUUAAUAAAGAAAUAUUAAGGACACAAAGUUUGAUUAAAAUAUCAUUUUAUUAAACAAA